AUGACAGGCCCUUCUACUGGAGGUCCUCAGGCUGCGCCAGGAGCACGACCAGCUGCACCUCCCGGCGCUGCCGCCUCUGGUUCGUCCGCGGCUCCUGCUGCAACCAACCAGAACGCGCGGAGCGUGGAGGAAGUGGAUUGCGUGAUCAUCGACGCGCCGAAUGUGAUGCGGUGGACCACGACGGACCGCAAUGGAACCAACACCAAAACGGCCGGGGAGCUGAAGUACCUAGACGUGAUCAUAAAGGAGAUCCAGCACAUGUUCGGCAGCCGCGUAUUGAUCGAGGUCGUGGUGUACAAGCCCACGUGGACCGAGGUGGAAAAGGAACACAAGAACCAGCGGGAGAAAGCGAUCCUCCUCAACCGCAUCACACGGAACGUGACCGGCGGCAUCUUCCCCGCCCCCGCGGGCACCGACGUGGACAGUUUUGUGUUUUCCCGCGUCAUGAAGCACGUGCACCCCAAGGACCUCACCCAGGGGCUUGGCGACAAGUGGAUGCAGCGCCUGCAGUGGCGCGACGACGCAGAAUUACGGGCGCGGAUCGUCAGCAACGACAAGUAUCGGGACUACCUAAAGCUGGUUCCGGACGUGGAGUUUCGCAACGCCUGCCAGCGCGCCUUGCUCAAAUUCAGCAUCACCACAAAACCGGAUCAGAGUAUUGCUUAUUACGACAUUGAAAUUUAUUGAAUUUCCGUGGUCUAACUUUGUGAAUUCUACUCCUCUCCUCGUGUGGGCAAAUUUGCAGCAUACUUAUCUACAUUCUUGACGCUCUAGGACUAGGAGUAGGAUUUUCUUUGCCACUUUGCAGGUUUGGAAGCCGCUUUGCAUGCGGUCGAAAAGGAUAAUGAACAGCCAGGAGGAAAAUUCCAGCGGGGGAAAACCGCACUGAACAUUCCUCCUGCCACCGUUCCCGGGUCGGCAAGUGUUUCGGUGUCCUCUGCGCAACAAGGAUCGACGCCCGCUGAAGUUUUUACGCAGAGAAGCGCAGCGUUCAACAAGAACGCGGUGAUGCUGGACCACAGCAACAAACAGCGCAGCGAGGGCAAAAUAACAAGAGGUAAUAUGGAGGAGAGGUCCGCGUCGGGAAAUAUCAACAGGGACCAACAGCACGAUGAGGAGGAGCCGGAUCAUCAGACGCAAAAGAAGAAGAUUCUGCGGGAGAAAUUGGAUGCUGCCAAGGCGAAGCGCGGUAUGCUGGUCGUUGAGCAGCGCUCCAUUUUGGACGUGUCGCCGAAACGUAACCAAAACGCGGACCAUAAGGGCGCGCCAGCCGACGGGCAGCAUGUUCAGCAGCGGAGUUCCGCACCUGCGAAGUCGUCAAGCAGUGCAGCCUUGUUUGGCAAUGCUAACGCUUCUGCUGGGAUGAACAAUGGUCACCACGCACAGCCACUCCAACGAUCCGCAGACGGCAAAAUUCAACUGAAACACCCGUCGAAGCGGGACCGCGAGUUGCGGCGCGAGCAGCAGCGCUUGGCCCGAGCUGAGGCAGAGCGGAAAAACGAGUUAGCAAAGCAGGAAGAUGAGCGGGCUCGCGCAGCAAAUAACGACCCUGCAUUGCUUGGGACGAACAACAAGCAGCGAUCCGAAAGUAUCAAGGGCGGAGAGGAGCAGCGCUCGCGCCGCGGAAGGUCGCGGUCUCGGCACCGUGACCGCCAGAGGACCAACCGCCACGACGAGGACCUGCGGCCGGGCGCCGUUUCCACUCGUACCCGCGGC